GGGAGAAGAGCAGGCCAGUGUUCCAGCCCUGCCCUCUGUCUGACCCUGCCUCUGUCCCUGCUUUUGUUCUUGUUGCUACCUCUGUGUCCAAGUCUGACUCAGUCUGUCCCCAUCCCUGUCGCUGCCUCUGUCUAGCCUUCCGGACCCCGGUCUAAGGGACUGCAGGUGGAGGUCUCUCCACAUGGUCUGUGGGGGCUUGGGGCCGGAAAGGAAGGGAGUCUCGGGGCACAGGGUGGGACUGACCGAGGAAGUCUUUUGCAAGGAUUGAGGGGUCAGCCCCGUCUGUUGGGCAGGACAGAGUAAUGGCUCUUGUCAAGGACACGAUGGAAAAGGAUUCCUCUGGGAAGGGGGAGCCUGAGAGGAGCGCACGAACUCCUGAUACUAGGGGUAUUUAGAGGGAGAGGUUAGAGGGAUUGGAGAGCUGAGGACCAAGCCAAAAACCUAGCCUGGGGAAAGUUCCAAAGAUUGUAACUUUGGCAGCGAAAGUCUCUGCUGCAUUGGAGUAGUGCGAGGCAAAAGGGUCCCUUCAACUCUUCAAACUGCCUCGUUUCCACUCAAAAGGGACACCAGCCCGCAUUUGCAAAUGGCAGAAAAGCAGCUGAACAGAAUGAUUGCACAAACUCUUGAAAGACAUCCAAGAAACAGUAAAGUGGGAAAAAAUGUCAGCGUGUGAGCAGAGCAGAGAAGGCACAGGGACUUCAGAUUCCUCAAUCUUCCCGCUGGUGGCGGGAGGGAGGAGGCAGGUGGGGAAGGUGUCAGUGCCACUCCUCCCCCCAGGAAGGAACCUAGACCUAGGCGGCUGUUUUUGUGGCUUUGCCUGUGGUGUACUUUCCUUCUACCUCCUAUACAGGCCUGGGGGCCUCCUGCAUUCUACCUGGAGUAGGUGUGUCUCCGUGGCAGGAGUUGCAGGAUGGAGCCCUGGCUGGGCAGCUUCCCAGCUGGGAGGCACUUGCCCAGAGGAAACCUCACUUUCCUCAACUGUGGAAUGGGGAUACUGCUGAUGACUUCCCUCCUUGGUUUGAGCAGGGAAAUGCAAAGUACUUUCCAAAAGGGGAGUAAGGAAUAUGGUUACUCAGUUGCACAUCUGUGCUUCUUUGGCUACAAUAAGCACUUCUACCUUGAUCAGUUAUUUCUGAGUGUACCUUGCUUUCCUUAUCAGAUGGGAGCAGAGUGCAGAUGGGAGUUAACUCUAUUGUAAGGAUGGGUGCUGAAUGACUGAAAAAGGCAGAGCUGAAACAGUCCCUAGAAGAUUGCAGACUAUGCCCCUGGGAGGCCCAGGAUCCUGUCCAAGGGCCACCGUGGUGGGGGAGAGGAGCCUAAGGGCUCUCCUUUCCCUACUUCAGUUUGCUAAGUUUUUGCUACCAGAUUCCUCAGAUCCAGUCUGAUCUGGUCAUUUUUGAUGGAGAAAUUGGGUAGAGAGAUGUGCAAAGUGACAUGGGCAAGGUCCCGCACGAACCCUGGUCUGUUAAGUCAUAGGCCAGGACUGACCUUGGCCUGGUCAAGGUGGCUCAGAGAAGCCGUUUCUCCAGCUCUUGGCCCAGUUCACCUGUACCUUAAUCCCAGGGUCCCAGGGCCAGCUCCUUACCCUUCUGAGAGAGGAAGCCUAUGAGUCUCAUCCUUUGAGCAUUUCUAAGCCUUUAUUGGGACUUUUGCAUGCAAGCUGGUUGCACAGUGUGAAGUUGAAAAGAAUUAGGUUGCCCAGGAGCUAGCUAGCAUUCUCACACUGCCGCUUCCCCAGCCCAGCCCAACACAGAGAACUGUGCCUUUACUCUGUAUCCCUGUAGUCUUUCUGCUGGUUUCCUUUAAAUGUUGAACAUGAUAGUGGAUCCUAUUUCUGACUGUUAGGAUCCAAGUGACCUCAAAUAGGAGGCUAGUGAUGGUGGUGACCAUUCCCUUAUGGCGUUUUGUUCCAAUUUCAUUGGGUUCUUAAUCGUUACUAUGGUGGGAGAUGACCCCCACCAUACUAAUGGGCUGUGUGCUGGUCCCUUUUCUAAUUCUCACAUCCACUGGGUAGGGAAAGUGUCACUAGCCCGUUUUAUAGUUGAGGAAAUGAAGGUUCAGAGAGGUCAGGUAGCUUGUUCAUGUGCACUCAGUAUUAAAUGGCAGCUGACAUUUGUCUGACUCUAAAGACUGCGCUUUUUCCAUUACAUCACCCAUGUGAUGGCUAGAAAAUGGCUAGUGGACAGAUGUCAUCAAGUCUAGGCGGGUGGGAAAAUGGUAGAAAAGAGGACAGCAUUAAGUGGAAACUAUGAUAUUGAAAAUUCAGGACAAGAUACCCUGCUCAGAUAAAGUCACCUGAAGAAAUUGAUAAGGAGAACAUUUAUGUGUCGGGCUCAGAAAGGAAAAUGAACCCAGCUGUAGGGAAUACAACUGUGUAUACUGAGAAGCACUCAGACAAUCUGUUUAAAUGAAAAGUCCUGGCAGCUGUCAUUGCUGGCAGCGUUAUUGGCUUUCUCUUUGCAAUUUUCCUUACCCUGAUGUUGGUAUAUCAGGAAGAAAGGACGAGGGAAGCCAUGACCUCAGGGAAUGCAAACUAUCCAGUGCUGCUUAACAGAAGGCACCUACUGAGGAAUUUUAUGCAUAAAACUCCCACUUAGUGUCUCUAUGUAUGAGAUCACUGAACUUUUAAAAAUAAAACUUUUGCAUAGAAUGAUGGGAAAAAGAAAGCCGGAGGACAGCACCGUCCAGGAUAUAUAUUCCAGACAACAUAGGAGUUGGAACACAGCACCUUUCCUUCCUCCUAGCCCUGCCUCCUCCUGCUGCACAACGGAGCUCAACAGAACUUUGUUAUUUUGCCUUUUACACUUGGGGGAAAGACACAGACGAUGAGGAGAAAAUAAUGAAUGUCAAAGGAAAAGUAAUUCUGUCAAUGCUGGUUGUCUCAACUGUAAUUGUUGUGUUUUGGGAAUAUAUCAACAGCCCAGAAGGCUCUUUCUUGUGGCUAUAUCACUCAAAAAACUCAGAAGUUGGUGACAGCAGCACUCAGAGGGGCUGGUGGUUUCAGAGCUGGUUUAACAAUGGGACCCAAAGUUAUCAAGAAGAAGACAUAGACAAAGAAAAAGGAAGGGAAGAUAGAAAAGAACUUCAGCUAUCAGACUGGUUUAAUCCAAAGAAACGGCCAGAAGUUGUGACGGUGACUGGAUGGAAGGCUCCAGUAGUGUGGGAAGGCACUUACAACAAAGCCAUCUUAGAAAAUUAUUAUGCCAAACAGAAAAUUACUGUGGGUUUGACAGUUUUUGCUAUUGGAAAAUAUAUUGAGCAUUACUUAGAGGAGUUCAUAAUAUCUGCUGAUAAGUACUUCAUGGUUGGCCACAAAGUCAUUUUUUACAUCAUGGUGGAUGAUAUCUCCAGGAUGCCUUUGGUAGAGCUGGGUCCUCUUCGUUCAUUCAAAGUGUUUGAGAUCAAGCCUGAGAAGAGAUGGCAGGACAUCAGCAUGAUGCGCAUGAAGAGCAUUGGGGAACACAUUGUGGGCCACAUCCAGCGUGAAGUCGACUUCCUCUUCUGCAUGGAUGUGGACCAAGUCUUCCAAGACAACUUUGGGGUAGAGACCCUGGGCCAGUCAGUGGCUCAGCUACAGGCCUGGUGGUACAAGGCAAAUCCUGAUGAGUUUACCUAUGAGAGACGUAGGGCAUCAGCAGCAUAUAUUCCAUUCGGCCAGGGGGAUUUUUAUUACCACGCGGCCAUUUUUGGAGGAACACCCAUUCAGGUUCUAAACAUCACCCGGGAGUGCUUCAAGGGAAUCCUCCAGGACAAGAAAAAUAACAUAGAAGCAGAGUGGCAUGAUGAAAGCCACCUAAACAAGUAUUUCCUUCUCAACAAACCCACUAAAAUCUUAUCACCAGAAUACUGUUGGGAUUAUCAUAUAGGCUUGCCUUCAGAUAUUAAAAUUGUCAAAAUUUCUUGGCAGACAAAAGAGUAUAAUGUGGUUAGGAAUAAUGUUUGACUUCUAACUGUGCCAGUAGGUUCUAAAUUUGACAGAGUAUUAUUCUGGCUACUUUCUCAGAAACAUAACACUUAAUUUUAAUGUUAAAAAUACUAACAAAACACCAACACAACAAAGGUAUAUUAUUUCUGCUUGUAACUUUGAACCUUGUAAUAUGGGAGAAAGAAUCUAUGGUAAUCAGAUGUAAAGUCCCAAUGAUUUCUUAUCCUGGGUUUAGGGGAAAUACUGUCAGCUGAAUCAAAAGAAUUUGUCACAAGUUAAAAGGAAAAAAAAAAAGCCAGAAACACUCUACAUGUGCCAGACAAUGUACAGGAGGAAAGGGUGCUAAGGAACCUGGUUGGCAACAAAAUCCAGCUGGGGCAGGGGGUACCCCUUUAGUUUAAUGACCUCCUUUCCUUGACGAGUCUAAAGCAACAUAAAAUUGCUUUGCAGUAGGAGAACUCUUAAUAAGAACUAAGGACGAUCUAACUUGACAAUCCUCAAAAGAUUUCCAUAGCAGAUUGUGUUAGGCCUUUUGUAGUCUUAUGUCCUUCUCUCAUCAGGAUAUUGUUUAGCUUUGGUGCCAAAGAUUGGUAGAGAUUCCCAUUAGAUAUCAUGGUGAAUGUUAACAGUCAUAUGGAAUCUGUAUGAGCCAGUGGGUUCUCAGCAUGAAGUGGAAACAAAGUUUCAAAGUCAGUGAGCAUUCCAUGAAAUAGCAAAGAAUGAGUGGAAAGAGAGGGGGCUGAUCACUGCGGGCAGUGCCACCUCAGAGGGGCACAGUGCAUAGGGUUGGUGCUUAAACACAUUGUGGAUCCAGGUGAUGAAUGGGAGGCAGUGUGGAUACCUCCAGCCUCUUUGACCCAGUGACUACCCACGUAGCAGGGACUUGAAUGGAAGUUGCUUCUUCUUUUGCCCAAGUCACAUUCAGUCUGCCAGACUCUGCACUUGAGUCUUCAAAUCCUUGGCGAGAAAUGGAUAGUGUCAGAGAAGGCAAAGGCCUGCAGUGGAUUGAAGAGACCUGCAAGUUAUGGUUCCCAGACCUGGGCUUCAUCAGAGAACAGUUACCAGCAAGGCCCGCCAACUGCUCUAACCCUCAAGGUCCCUCAGCCCAUCAUGCCCCACCUUGGGGGCCGACAUCAAGUAGCGGGGCUGGAGGAAAAGCCCUCCCAUCAAAAAAAAAACACUGCCCUCGAGUCCAUUCUGACUUAUAGCAACCAUAUAGGACAGAGUAGAACUGCCCUCCUGGGCUUCCAAGGCUGUAGAUCUUUAUCAAAGCAGACUGCCACAUCUUUCUCCUGCAGAACAGCUGGUGGAUUCGAACCACUGACCUUUUGGUUUGCAGCUGAUUGCAUUAAACACUGCGCCACUAGGGCUCCUUCUCAUCAAAUAACCUGUCCUUUUCCCCUACCCCAUUCGCACUAACAAAAUGUAACAACCAGGUGAGUUUAAAGUCAAAGUUAAUUGAU